AUCGGCAAAGAAAAGACGUGAGAGUAUACGCAAGAGCUGAAAAAACUAGCUUGCCUGGAUAUUUUGCUUAUUUCUAAUUUUAGUCUUUUUCAUAAGGAAUUGGUGUAAACAUAACCUUUAAAGAAGAUAAAGAGGAGUUGCAUAAUGCGGAGGAGUGAGGUGCUCGCAGCUGAAUCGGUAUCAUGUCUGAACAAAGCACUGUGCCGUCUGAAGGACAUUUGGGAGGAAAUUGGAAUCCCAGAGGACCAGCGACUGCAGAGGACGGAUGUUGUAAAGAUUCAUAUAAAAAGUCUGCUGGAAAGGAUGAUUGCAGAGGAGGAGAGCCUCAAGAGCCGGUUGAUGAACAGCAUAGACAUGUGUCGCAAAGAGCUGGACAUUCUGUGCAGGGAACUUCAUUUACCACCAUUUGAGGAGGAAGAAGGGAACACAAUGCUGCAGCUGGAGAAGGACAUUCGAACUCGAGUGGAGGUGAUGAUGAAGCAGAAGAGUCAGAGGAUGCAGGAGCUCAAAGCCCUUAGCCUGCAGGACCAGGAACUCUGCGACAUUCUAUGCACAGACUCUUACAGCAUCAUCCCAGACUCUGUCCCCUCCCUGAAGGAGCUGGAGGACUUCCGUCAACAUAUCCUCCACCUCACUGUAGAAAAGGAUCGGAGGCAUGGCGAGUUUGUCUGCAUUAAGAGACAGAUCAUUUUGUGCAUGGAGGAGCUGGAGCAGUUGCCAGACACUAGUUUUGAACGGGAUGUGGUGUGUGAAGAUGAGGAUGCUUUCUGUCUGUCCGAAGAGAACAUUGCAUCUCUUAAACUGCUUCUCCAUCAGCUGGAAGAUCGAAAGGCUGAGAAUAUGGCGAUUUGUAGCUCCUACCGCACAAAGAUCCAGGCGCUUUGGGAGAGGCUGCAAGUUGCCCAGGAGGAGAGGGAGGCCCUCUCUGAGCAUAUGGUCUUGUCCAAGAAAAGGAACAGAGAGGCUUUAGAAGCUGAGGUAAAGCGUCUUGAAGAACUGAAACUGCAGAACAUUUGGAACGUUACUGCAGCCAUCCGUGAGGAGAUUUCCUCCUACUGGGAUAAGUGUUUCUUCAGCGAAGACCAGCGUCAGGCUUUUGUACCAUACUACAGUGAUGAGGCCACAGAAGACAUUUUAAGCCUGCAUGAUGCAGAAAUUGUUCGCCUCAAACAGUAUUAUGAAGAUCACAAGGAGCUCUUUGAGGGCAUUCACAGAUGGGAAGAAAGCUGGACACUGUUCCAGGAACUUGAGAAAAAGACAACUGACCCUUCAAGAUUUGUUAACCGUGGAGGAAACCUCUUGAAAGAGGAAAAACGCAGGGCUGACCUCCACAAAAGCCUCCCAAAGCUGGAGAACAAGCUGAAGGCUGAGAUUGAUGUUUGGGAGCAGGAACAAGGCUGUGAGUUCUUGAUCAAGGGGCAGAAGUUUUUACAGUACGUGCAGGAGCAAUGGGAGACUUACAGGAUUGAGAAAGAAAGGGAAAAACAGGAACGGCAACUGAAGAAAAGCAGGCAAAUCGAGGAGGAUAUGCUGUAUGGCACUGCUAUUCGCACUCCAUCUAAACGCAGAAUACCGGGUGCUGCCACACCUGGGAAAAUGCGAAAGUUCAAUACCACCUCCAGCAUCUAUAGUGCCACUCCUAACAGCACAAUGCGCUCUGCCUUCGGCGGAACCAUCUGCCGCUCUCCAGUGUCCAGACUCCCUCACUCGAACGGUCUCAUGGUGCGAACACCAGGGCGUAGCAAGACUCCAAUGAGUCUGCUGAAGCACAACAAAGAAAACAUCUCCCAUCUCAAUGGGACCUCUCUGAGUGGUGCGUCGAAGAUCCCAGCCAGCCCGCAGUGCGCCUUCAGCAUUAACUCUGUUGCCAGCACCUAUUCAGAAUUUGCGACGGAAAUUGGCCACAUUGAUUCUACCACCCUGCAGAGCAAGAACUUUCAAAGGCUUCCAAAUCUAACUGCAAGCCCGGAAUCUUGAACUCAACCGUCACUCAUAUUUGAUCCUGGAAUGCAAACAUCUGGACCCCUUUGCUGUCCAUUGAGGGCCCCUUGCUUUGUACAAAUGGAAUCCGUAGUUUAACUGAUGUCCGCGUUUGUAUGUAUUAAUGAAGGUAGUGAUGUAUCGUCUAGAAUUGGAUGCACACGCAAAUGAUGUCUAUAUAAAAAGUUGUAAUAUAUUUUAUUGUAGUUAACACUUUUUAAAUUCUUGUUGGGCAGAUCAAGCAUGUCUUUGUUUUAAAUUGGAAUGAGUUUUUCUCUCUUGAUUUAACAGUACCGAGAAUCUUCGAAAAGUCUUAUGUAACGUUUUUUUUUUUUUUUUUUCCAACCGACUGAUUUUUGCACCUGAAGCUUCAUAUGGUUUGAAUUCAGAGACAAUUGAAUUUAUGAAAGUACCUAACCCAUGCUAUGUUAAACGAAUCUGUAUUUCUGCUUUCGGGUAUUUCAAUCAUCUGCCGUUUGCACAUUUUGUCACUACCUAAAUGCCACACUGCUUUCUUCUAUUUAAUCCUGACACUACGCCCUCCAUGGAAUAGUAUUGGAUUGUUGUGCCCAUUUUAUUAUGGAUAGAAAAGGUCUAUGUUUUAAUCAACAACAAUAUUUGCCUGCUUCAUAAAGGCAAAAAUCAAUUCACGUUCGUCAUGUAUUCCAACCAUCUUUCCCAUCUGUAAAUAAAUUUCAUUUAUUUCUAAAGUAACACUUGUCGUUUUUAAAUAUUGCCUGCCCUGAAUGUAUACCUGUUGUAAAUUAAUUGCAUAAUUAAAUUCGUUGUUUCCGACAAUACAUUACUGGCGCUGUAUCCUUUUCACAAAGUUACGAUUUCAUUAAAAAUUCUACAUUUACAACAAA